AUGGAUGUUCCAGUAAAAAAACGAAAAUUAAUUAAAGAUUUGUCAAUUGAUGAUACUUUUUAUAAUCAAAAAUUUGUUGAAAUUCUUAAAAUUAAUUGUCUUGACUAUGAUUAUAAAGAAAAUGUUGAUUUUACAAAACUGAUACUAAAUGAAAAGUUUUGUCAACUUCCAAAGAAUUUUGAAUGUUAUUUUGAGGAUUUUGUUUCAUUAAUUAAAGAGGACCAACGAAUAAAUGAUAAAUGGCUUAUUAAUUUUUUCCUUUCUUGUUACAAGUCAAAAGUUUCUUCUAAAAAAAUGAAAAUUGAAGCAAUUCAAUCAUUGAAAGAAUUAACUAAAUUUUUUUGUUCAUCAACAUUUCAACAAUGGAAUCAAUAUUGUAAAAUAUUAGAGGUUUUACUUGAAGAUCAACAACAUUUACUGGAACAUAUUAUUGAGGAAAUUUAUUUUCUUACUGAUAAAUGGGAAAAUCCAACAGAAAUUGGAAAAGAAGAAAUAUUUUUAUUAGAUUUUGAUUGUAUUCUAGUUUUACUUACUACAAGUAUUAUGAAAGCAAAUGGAUGGUUCAAACAUGCUAUUAUUUGUAUUAUUUUUAAUAAACUUGAAUAUGUAGAUAUAUUUACUCAUCUUGAAUUUUACACUCAAAUCGUUUUCAAUGUCUUCGAAGACCAUGAUUUUAUAUGGAGGUUUUCAACUGAAUCAGAAUAUAGAUUAUUUAUAUCAAAAGCUGCAAAUAAAUUACAAAGUGCUUUAAUUGAAAUUGAAAAAAGUAAAAAUUAUGAUUUAGUUCAAAACAUUAUUGAAACAUUAAUGGGUUUUUAUAAAAAACCUUCACCCUAUGUUUUUUAUAGUUUUGUUCAAUUAUUUGAUAUUAAUUUUAAAGGAGAAAGUUUGAAAAAAAUAAAAAUGGAAAAAUUUGGAGAAUUUUUAAAAAUUUCAAAAAAUUUACCUGCAGGUAUUAUUAGAAAACACGCUUUUUACAUAAUUUUUAAAUUUAUUCUUCAAUCCAUGGAUUUCAAUGAAGAUACUUUACUUUCAUAUAUUUCACUUUUUACAUCAUAUGCUAGUUCCUUUUUUACUGAUGAAGAUUUGUUUAACUAUUUUCUAAAAGAUUACUUAAACAACACAUAUGAAAUAGAAAAAUUGGAAUCUGCCUACGAAAAAGUACUUUCAUUAGUUGAUGAAAAAUUACAGUACAAAUUUUAUUUGACAACAAUUUUUAUAUUUGAAAAAUUGAAAAUGAGUCACACUAAUUUAAAAGUUCCUGAAAAAUUUGUAAUACCAAAAAAUGAACCAUUUUCUCUUGAAGUUUGUAUUAAAACAAUGCACUACCAAACAUGUAAUCCUGGUUAUGGUCUCAUUUCAGAGUACCAUAAAAUGUUAGAUUUAAAUGAAAAUUAUUAUGAUGAAUUUUGGUGUUCAUUACCAACAACAUUUGAAAUGCUUUUAAAUAAUGCUAUAAAACAUAGAGGAUCUGGAGAUUUUGUUGUUUGUGUUAUGGGAAUAUUAAAUUUGUUAGAUGAUAUUAAAAAAGAUGAAAUCAUGAGACAAUAUUAUUUUAAAAAUAUUAAUAAUAACUUUGAAAAGUAUCAAAAAAUAUCCAGUCAAUUAUUUUAUACAUUUUAUUCACGGUUCAAGCAUGUAAUUUUUACAAAUCCUCGUUUAGCGGUAAUUGUAUGUCGGAAGAUAAAAGAAUUUCCUAGUUUAGCAUUAUCAAUUGAAGAUUUAACAGAAUUUGUUGAUGAAAAAAAACUUUCAGAUAAAAAGAAAUUUGUUGAUAAGUUUAUUCUUAAGGACAAUGUUUAUAGUGAAUUACUAGAUCUUUAUUUGUAUCCUUUUGCUACAAAAAAUGACUUUACAUCUAUGAGAAUUAUUUCAGAAUAUAGUAUAAAAAAUUUAAAAGAACUAAAUUUGUUAAAUUGUGAAAAGUUUAAUUGUUUUGAUUUUUAUCAUUUAACACCACUUGCAACACGUGCUGAAAUGUUGGCAUUUGUUAAUAAACUUAAUACAUAUCAAUUAAGUAAAUUAUUUCAAGCUAUAAAAGAUGAAAUAAAAAGCUUCAAUGAAAAUUAUACAUCUUUUCCAUUUUCGGAUAGUCAUCUUAGAAUUUCAAGAUUACUUCAAUUACUUAUGGUAACAAUUAAUAAAUUUACUAUAAAAGAACAAGAAAGUUUCCUUCAAGAUUGUUAUGAUAUUUUUUAUUCAAAAGUACAUCAAAGUAGUGUAAGAAUUUAUGGAGAGGUAAUUGCAACAAAAAUUGUCUUCCAAAAUAUGGAACUUUUAAAAAUGCCUAUUUUUAUUCAACAUAUGAGAGAGGCUUAUCAAAUAAGACCGGGUUCAGUUGUCUCCUUUAUAAAUAUUCUUCAUAAUAUUUUAAAAGGAAAUUUUACUAUUGCACCAUGGGUAACUAAUAAUAAUUUUGCUGUAAAAAAUUCUGCCGUCCAUACUCUGAAAUUUAUUAAAAAUGUCAUAACUAUGUAUGAUAACUUUAAAGAUGACUUUUCAAAUUCAUUUCUUUCAAUUAUUAUUGACGGAAAUUUAAUUAAUAAUGGUAAUGGAACUAAAAUUUUACAAAAUAUGGAUGAGGAUUUCUAUUAUGGAGGUUUUGACAUUUCAAAAAAUGAUACAGCUUUUAUGUAUCUUGUUGUUUUUCCUGAAAAUUUAGGUUUUAAUAGGGAAGAAAGUUAUAGAGAUUUAGUUCAGUUUUGGAAUGAAAUUUUUGAUAAUUAUUUGUCGAUUUCUUAUCAAAAUGAAGAUGAUUUAUUACUAUCAAAUAAUUUUUCAAUACUUAAUGGAUUUUCAUAUCCUGAUUAUAGAAUAAAGAUAAAUAAACUAGAAGAAUCUACAAUUUUAAAUGAUUCAAAUGAUCCUUCACAACGUAAAAUAGCUGUACCAAAAGUUUUACCUGUUAAAUGUGAUUCAUGUGUCUGCCUCUAUGUAAUAGCAUCACUAGUAAAUAAACCAGAAAAUUUAGGUGGCCUUUGUAGAACAUGUGAAAUUCUUCGUAUUGAUAAACUUUUAAUAGACAGUUUAUCUGUUGUAAAAACUAAAAAUUUUUCUGCAUUAAGUAUGAAUGCUGAUGAGUGGCAAGAUAUAGAAGAAUUAAAAAAAGAUGAUAUUGUUGAAUUUAUAAAAGAAAAAAAAAAUGAUGGAUUUAAGGUUAUUGCCUUGGAACAGACAACAAAUAGUAUAAUGAUAUCUGAUUAUAAUUUUCCAAAAAAAGCAAUAAUUAUUUUGGGUGAUGAAAAAGAAGGUGUUCCUUCUAAAAUUUUAAAAUUAUGUGAUGACAUAAUUGAGAUAAAACAAUAUGGAAAAACAAGAAGUUUAAAUGUUCAUGUUUCUGGAGCUUUGUUAAUGCAUGCAUAUAGGACUCAAUAUCCAAUAAGUUAA